UUCAAUCAUAGAAUGUUGGUAAUGAUCCGGCAAAGAAAUGUCAUUCUGUCAAAAUAAAUACUUUGAGGCAAACAGAAAAAGUGCGAUUGGAAUAAUAACCUGUGAAUGGCUGCUAUUGAGAAAGUAAAGGUCGUCGUCCUCGGUGAUUCCGGCGUCGGCAAAACUUCAUUAACCUACCUCAUCGCCCACAACAAGCCAUUACUAUCCCCGGGAUGGACAGUAGGGUGCUCAGUGGAGGUCAAGUUGCACCGGUACAAGGAAGGGACACAAGCACAGAACACAUUCUUUGUUGAGUUGUGGGACGUUGGUGGCUCCAAUAACCAUCGGAACACCAGAAAUGUGUUCUAUCAACCCACACAUGGUAUAAUACUGGUACACGAUUUGACAAAUAGGAAAAGUCAAGGCAAUUUACAAAAAUGGUUGUCCGAAAUCCUCAAUCAAGACAGCACAAACCCAAAUUAUCAGCAUUUAGAUGUGGAUCCAGAACAGUUUCUAGGCUCUACUAAGAUACCCAUCCUCGUCAUUGGAACCAAAUAUGACUUAGCGGAGGAGAACCAAAGAAAGAAUCAAUACAGGAGGCUCGCCAGCAGCAUAGCAGAACAGUGUGGCGCAGAUGAAAUAUUUGUUAACUGUUAUCAAGCGAGAUCACUCGCUCCGGGGAACAGCAAUACUGUGAAAUUGACCAGAUUCUUCGACAAGGUAAUAGAGCGCCGCUACUACUCGCGCGCGAGCCCGUUCCCCGACAAGAGGCCUGCCAUUCCAUCCUACGUGCUGGACUCCACGCCUGUCUCCACCAACAAGCGCCCGCAGUACUUGAGCCCCAGGUUCUACCACAUGGACUAGCUGACAGCUGACAGCUAAGAAGCUGACACAUGUAAUCGGUUAUUCCAAAACAUCGGCCUUAUUUAUAAACAUGGAUUAGGAUUUAAACUUCAAAGGGGAAUGCCCACCGGCAAUACAACGUCGGCCCAGGGACCCCAGAUAUACCCCCGUAUAAAAAUUUAAGAUGAUAAUACGAUGUAGAAAUAAGGAUCUGAAUAAAUGAUUGGCCCAAUCAAGGUAUGUUACUUCAAGAAUUUUUUUUUUUUACAACUCUCUUUUCUAGGGCAAAAUGUUUGCCGUUGUACCACAGCGGCGGAGUAACAUUUGAAGAUAAAUUAUUCCAAGCCAAAGGUUUACCAUUUAGCUUAACAAACAAGAAAAUUAACAAACAAACCAAUACGUAAAGUUCAACGAUCUGUGUUUGUCUCCGUUGUGGACAAAUUGAAGAUGAAUAAAAAUGUCUUAAAACGUUGUAGUAAACUUUUUUUGAUAAAGUAAUAAUUCCAUUAUUAAAGUAGAAUUACCAUGAUUUUUAAGAUAUAAGUAAAUUGCCGGGCGGCUAGGGUAGGUCUGGGCCGGGGAUGGGCAUUACCUAUUAUUCAAAGUAAAUUGAACUUAAAACAGUAGUAACUAGGUCCACUUUAUUUUGAAGUAAAUUGAGGUAUAAAUCCCAUGUCUAUGUAUAUGGAGUAAAAGAAAAGUUGUUUUUUUUUAUUAAUAUUAUUACUUAUUCUUACCAGUCCACGUAAUUCUUAAUGUAACAUCAAAAGUACGACAGUUUGAUAAAAAAUAAAAAUAUCGGAAUUAAUGGUCCACUUCAAACCGGGUAUACUUAUCGCCCAUUAAAAAAAAUGCAAGAUAUUAUCAAUAUAUUACUAUAUUAGUACACAUUUCUAUAGUUUCUCUUAUAAAAUUAUACUUCAAAAUAACCAUAUUUCUAAUUUAUUUAUCUCUCUUGAAAAAUUGUCCUUGUUAUAUAUAUUAUCUGUAUAAUAAAGUGCUUCUGAUAUACCCGAUUCAAAUAUAAAUUCUGAAUGCAUUCCAUUGUGUGUAAUCAAAUAUCUCUAUGUAUACUACAGCCCUACUCGAUGUAUAGGUACUGUACCUACAAACAAAUUGGAAAUGCAUGAAAACGCAUGUUAUUUCAUAACUUAUUUAUUUUAAAUCAUGUAGUUUGUUUAAAAAAUGUUAAUCAAAAUACAUAUAAUAACUAUAUCUUAUUGCUGUAAGCUUAUUAUUGAAACUUAUUUGCAUUUAUUUAAGAAGUUAAUUAUAAUUAUUAUUCGGUGUGUAAUGACUAGAGAUAUAUACCCUCAUUUUUAAUUUGUUCGUUUGGUAAACAGUACAUAGAACAAUGCACUUGACUGAAUCGGCCAACUAGCUGCAACCCGGUAGAACUAAUUUUUACGAGCUGAAUGGAAAAUAUUAUAUCUUAUUACUUUGUGUACCUGAAUGCCGUAAGAGUACGUUUCACAACCACAAUCAUUAUCAUUUGCAGCCGAUGGAAGUCCACUGUUGGACUUAGGCCUCUUGUAAUUCUAUGGACUUCCAAACAUCACGGUCUCGGGCCGCCAGCAUUCAGCGGCUAUUUGAUAUCGUCGGUUUACUAGAGAUCGACCAACACUGCGUUUUCCGGUGAGAGGUCGCUAUUCCAUCACCUUGGAACCCUAACGUCAACCGGAUCUUCGAACUAUGUUCUACGUGUACCUAUAGGCACGUCUUAAAUCGUGAGUUUAUAAAUAGAUUUGGUUAUGGAAGUGCAUAGAAGUCUUUGUGUAUACCUAUAUUUAAACAUACUAAAUACUAAAUAAGUUGCAGUGUUAAAUUAAAAUAAAGAAAUUAAAUUAUUUUCAAACCAUA